AUGGCCAUUGGGGUGGGCUAUGAUGUUUUACAUGGCGAUUUGGAUGAGCACAGAGGGCCCUUGCCACUGAAGAGCAUCUCUGUGACCUUGUCCAUUUGUGAGUUUGUGGCUGGCGUGUCUGCUACUUUAAACUAUGAAAAUGAGGAGAAAGUUCCUUUGGAGGCCUUCUUUGUAUUCCCCAUGGAUGAAGACUCAGCUGUCUAUAGCUUUGAGGCCAUGGUGGAUGGGAAGAAAAUUAUGGCAGAAUUACAGGACAAGAUGAAGGCCCACACCAACUAUGAGAAUGCCAUCAGCCAGGGCCAACAAGCCUUCCUCUUGGAGGAGGAUAAGUGCUCCAGGGAUGUCUUCUGCUGCAAUGUGGGGAACCUCCGCCCUGGCUCGAAGGCAGCACUCACCCUGAAGUAUGUGCAGGAGCUGCCCCUGGAAGCAGAUGGGGCCUUGCGCUAUGUGCUCCCAGCCAUCCUGAAUCCUCGGUACCAGCUCUCUGGAUGGCCUGAGGACAGUUGCCUUAAAAUGAAGACUCCUGUUGUCCCUUUGGAGGACCUGCCCUACACGCUCAGCAUGGUUGCCACCAUCAGUUCCCAGUAUGGCAUUCAGAGGAUCCAAUGCAACUGUCCUUUGAGUCCCAUUGAGUACCUUGGAGAUGAUAAGACUUCUGCUCAGAUUUCCUUGGCCGAUGGACACAAAUUUGAUCGUGAUGUGGAACUCUUGAUUUACUACAAUGAGGUGCAUACCCCCAGUGUAGCUGUGGAGAUGGGAAAAUCUACAACAGACGCAGAUUGUUUGAUGGGAGAGCCAUCUGCAAUGGUGAGUUUCUACCCGGACAUCCCAGAAGCUCAGCCACCAAUUACUUGUGGAGAAUUUGUAUUCCUCAUGGACCGCUCAGGAAGUAUGCAAGGCCCCAUGAGUAAACAGGAUAAAUCUCAGCUACGCAUAGAGGCGGCCAAGGAAACACUGAUUUUGCUGCUGAAGAGUUUGCCUGUAGGCUGUUAUUUCAACGUAUAUGGAUUUGGAUCUUGCUAUGAGCCAUUCUUUCAUCGUAGUGUGAAGUACACUCAGCGUACCAUGGAUGAGGCACUGAGGAGAGUUAAGCUUAUGCGGGCUGACUUAGGGGGCACGGAAAUCUUGACACCACUCAGGAACAUUUACAGUGGACCUUCCAUCCCGGGCCACCCUCUGCAGCUUUUUGUCUUCACAGAUGGAGAAGUUACCGACACAUUUAGUGUAAUUAAAGAAGUUCAGAUCAACAGUCUGAGGCACAGAUGCUUCUCGUUUGGUAUUGGAGAAGGAGCCUCCACCAGUCUAAUAAAAGGCAUUGCCCGGGUAUCAGGGGGCAUGUCAGAAUUUAUCACGGGCAAGGAGAGGAUGCAGUCCAAGGCUCUUAGGGCUCUGAAACGUUCUCUGCAGCCUGUAGUAGAGGACGUCUCUCUGAGCUGGGAUUUGCCUUCUGGUCUAUCUGCUAAAAUGCUUUCCCCAGAACAGACUGUCAUCUUUAGGGGUCAGAGGUUAAUCGUCUAUGCCCAGUUGACUGGAACGAUGCCGCCAGCAGAGGCAACAGGAGAAGUUUGCCUCAAGUACAGCCUCCAGGGCAAGAGUUUUGAGAAUAAAGUGACAUUUUCUCUACAACCCAAAUUUGAUGCCAACCUCACCAUUCACCGCCUUGCUGCCAAGUCCUUUCUCCAGACCAAGGACAUGGGCUUCAGGGAGACUCCAGCGAAAGAUAAAAAAGACGUGUUGAAAGUCAGCAUUGAUUGCGGAGUUAUAAGCUCCCACACAGCUUUCAUUGCUGUCAACAAGGAUCUCAACGAGCCAGUUCAGGGCCCCCUGGUUCGUAGGGACGUCCCAAGGCCAAUUCUAUUGAGUGCUACUGCUGUGAUGUCACGAUACCGUGGAGGUGCUCCUGCAAAGGCCUCGUCCUCCUACCGUCCUCCUGCACCUCGGCUCAUAAGGAACACAUACUACCCAAGCGUGCCAUACCAGCAGAAUACUUACGAUCCCCAUAAGUCCACCAUUAGCAAGGAACUGUACUCUCUAGGUGAGCAUCUUUCCAGGGACUUUUUCUCACCAAUAUUUGUCUGUCACACAUGUAGGACUAGACAAACACCAAGCUUUUGGUUCUUUGGAGAUAAUCAUCUUGUACAGCUGAUUUCCCUCCAAAAGGCAGAUGGUUCCUGGGAUCUGAACGAAGGUCUGGCCAUGGUCCUAGGUGUGAGUUUGGAAGAGAUACGGACUGCACUCCCUAUCAAGAAUGCGGAUUCCUCAGGCUGGGCCACAGUCCUGGCGGUGCUCUGGCUCCAUGCCAAUGGUAAAGACAUGAAGUGUGAGUGGGAACUUCUGGAAAGGAAAGCUGUGUCCUGGAUUCACAUGCAUGCAGGCUCCGUCAUGCGUGUGCUUAUGAAAGCUGCGAUUAAUUUCCUGAAAUCAUCUGAGGAUCCUGCCAUCUUUGCCCUCUGAGGAUACCAUCCCGAAAAACAAGUGCAUCUUCUAUGAUACUGACCUUUCCUUUAGCCCUUCUUCUGCUGUAAUGUGUUGUAUUUUAUGCCUAUCCUAUCGAUUUCUUGUCGUAAAAGUAAAGGCUGCCCGCCCACCUUGCCUCUGUGUUCCAGGUUCCCUUUGGAUAGGAUUUUCCUUUCCCCGCAUGUGCCCUCAGUCAAGUGUCAGUAGUCUCAGAACCUGUUCCCUUCCUUGGAGUUCAAAGGAUUCUUAGGCAGUAGUAAAGUUCCUCCCAAGUUUUCUAGAGUGUCACCAUGAAAAACAAGUGACAUGAAUUCCAGAUUAAAGGUUGCUGCGUUGAUGUUAGGGAAUGCCUGAAUUAGAGAAUUCUCUGCAUUAUUUGUUUUCUAUUUGCUUUUGAUUUUAUAUACUUAUGAGAACCAGGCUGGUGAGCUAUACAGUUUUCUAUUCUUAAAGUAGGACAAAGGGGAGGUUGAAAGCCAACAUUGGGAUAGAUAUAACCUCCAGACGACAAAGAGACUCAAGGGAUCCACUAUGAGCGUUGGCACUGUUGGGGACCUUCUUGAUUGAUUCUGCUUGGGAUUUGCUAGCCCAUGCUGCAUGCCUUCUCACUGCCUAAGGGACUUGGGUUGAGUCAUAACUAUUGAAGUCAGAUCUUUCUCCUUUAUCAGGAAACAUCUUAGUAAAAGGGUGUUGAUGGAAUCCUUAGUCCUAGCCUGAACCCGUGAGGCCUCUAAUUCAGGCUGUGAUCCAGUAUAAUAAAGGAAAAAGUGGUUGUAAAGGCAGCUUUGCCUGAGACCUUAACCUGAUUCACUCACCCCAUGAGAAAAGAAGGAGCACCCUUUGAUUGUUUCCAACCCUUACGUCCCAAAUACUCUAUCCUAGUGGAAAUGACCCUAUUUGCUGUGUUGUCCCCUAAAAUACUGAUGUAUCCAUAUUAAAGUGAC